AUGAAGACCCAACUUGAGGGUCUGGGUCUGGACUACCAAGCGCCCAAGGUCAGUGCACCCACGGGAAAGGGGCGCAUCAAACAUCAAAAGGCAGCAAGCGCCCCUCUAGUGGAGGAAGAGAUUGUGCCUACCUUCGUGCAACCCAACGAGGAGGCGCUUGCUGUCGACAUUCCUUCUGAUCCCGAGCUGGAUGUCGAUGAUCUCCCACUUGCGCAAAAGCUGAAACGAAAGCAGGCUGAGGAUGAUACCCAAGCGCAUAGCAAGAAGCAACGCACAAGCGCAGAGAAGCGAGUCCCGGACGGGCGCCCCAUCGUCGACGCCCCUCCUGCGCCCCCCGAAGAUCAAGCGGAUGAAGAAGGUUCGGAUUCGGGCUCGGAGUCCAGUGACGACUCAACAGGGGAAGAAUAG